AUGAAUCCUUGUGUUUUUAUAGUUUUCUCAUUUCUCUUGAUAUGCCUUGAGACUACAACUGCCAACCCAUUGGUAGCAACGGGAGGAGGAGAUGAUAAUGGUGUCGUGAAGAAGUGUUUGGAUAAGGAGAGACAUGCUCUUCUUGAUUUCAAAGCUCACCUCCAAGACCCCUAUGAAACUCUCUCUACAUGGAGAGUUGAAGAAGAAGAAGAUUGCUGUAAAUGGAGAGGAGUCACAUGCAACAACCAAACAGGUCGUGUCAUUGUGCUAAGUAUUAGCUCUGGUGGCCUUAAAGGUGAGAUUAGCGAUGCUUUGCAUAACUUAAGCUACUUGACUCAUCUUGAUCUUCACUCAAAUUCUUUUCAUGGAGUUAUUCCCACCUUCAUUGGUUCCAUGACCGAAUUAAGGUACCUUGACCUUAUUAAUAACUCUCUUCAUGGAACCAUUCCCUGGUCAAUUGGUUCCCUGACCAAAUUAAGGUACCUCAAACUUGGCAGCAAUUAUCUUAGUGGAACCAUUCCCAGGUCCAUUGGUUCCUUGACAGAAUUAAGGGUUCUUGGCCUUUCUCAUAACUCUCUUUCUGGAACCAUUCCUCCAGAAUUGGGAAACCUCACCAAUUUGCAAUGGCUUAUCCUUCAAUCUGUUGGAAGAUGUAGAGUUGAGAACCUAGAGUGGCUGUCUCAUCUAUCUCAUUUGCAACAACUUGUUAUGGAUGGGAUUUCCCUAGCCAAACAAAAUCAUUGGGUGGAUGUAAUUUUGAGCCUCCGGAAACUAUCAGUUUUAAGUUUAAUAGGAUGUGAGCUGUCACAAGUCAUGUAUCCAUAUUCUUCACAUCUCAAUUCUUCUUCAUCUAUUCUUUACCUUUAUCUUGGAAACAACCGUCUCAACUCAUCAAUGUAUCAUUGGCUGUUUCCGUUAACCAGCAAUAGCCUUCUCCGUCUUGGUCUCGCUAUAAACAUGUUAGAUGGGAUUCCAAAAUAUCUUGGUAGCCUCUGUAGCUUGAAAAGUUUGUACUUCUAUAACAACUCUGCAGUGGUUGAAUUUCCUGUUUUUCUGAAAAAUUUGUCUGGAUGCACAUCGCUUGCAUUACAAUACUUGGAUACCUCUCAUACCCAAUUUACAGGUUCACCGUCCGAUGAGAUCCAAACACUGAAAAAUCUUACCUAUCUUUUUAUGAGUUCGUGUAAUCUUGGGCCUCGCUUUCUUAAAUGGACUCAAACACUAAACAGUCUUCAGUAUCUUAAUAUUGCCAAUAAUGGAAUUUCAGACACUAUUCCUCUGGAUUUUUGGGAUAAGUGGCCUUCUCAAUUAAGAUAUAUAAAUCUCUCUUUAAACAACAUCAGCGGGAACCUACCAGAUUUAUCAACAAAAUUUGACAACAAUUCAGUGAUAGAUUUGAGUUCCAACAAUUUUUAUGGUCAAAUAACUGAUGUGUCUUCCACCGUGGCAUUGUUAAAUCUUUCCAGAAACAAAUUACAUGGAGGAAUCUCUUUCUUAUGCCAAGUUGUCCAUGGGCUUUUAAACAAUUUCUCUGAAGAGUUACCAUUGUCUUUAAAGAAUUGCACGGGCUUAAACUCAUUGAAUUUGGGAUUCAACAAGUUUACUGGUAAAGUGCCUGCUUGGAUUGGGGAAAACUUAUCAGGGUUGUAUUUUCUUUUCCUAGAAUCAAACAACUUCUUGGGAACCAUCCCCUUGCAAUUAUGUCAAUUACCAAAUCUUCAGUUCCUAGACUUGUCACUGAAUCAUCUCCAUGGAACUAUCCCCUCGUGUUUGGAUAAUCUUACAAGCAUUGUUCAAGAAGGAUCCUUACCGACAAAAAACGUACAUUCCUAUUCAUUUCAAUGGUUUUAUUCUGAAGGUGGUGUUUAUGACGAACUUUAUGAUGAGUAUGUUGACCGUGCAAUGAUCAAGUGGAAAGGACAUUUACGUGAAUUCACCCGUAAUCUGGGAUUGUUGAAGAGCAUUGACUUGUCAAGCAACAACUUAACAGGAAAAAUCCCAUAUGAAGUUACCAAUCUUUAUGGACUGCGUGUACUCAACUUGUCAAAGAAUGCUCUACAUGGAGAGAUUCCGAAAAAAAUUGGUCAAAUGCGACAGCUUGAAACUUUGGAUUUAUCUAGAAACAACUUGUCAGGAGAGAUGCCAUCAAGUAUGUCUAGUUUGACUUCAUUAAGUUAUCUAAACGUAUCAUACAAUAGCUUGUCAGGGAGAAUUCCAUCCGGCACUCAACUGCAGUCUUUUGAACCGUCAAGAUACAACGGAAACCCGCGACUAUGUGGACCCCCACUUACCAAAAAAUGCCCAGGAAAUGAUGAAUCAGAAGUACCAUUGGUCGUUGGUCAAAGUGAGGGUGAUGGGGAAGAGAUAGAUGAACUUGAAAUAUGGUUCUAUAUUUGUGGGGCCAGUGGUUUUGUUACUGGAUUUUGGAUAGCAUGUGGCACUUUACUUGUCAGCCGUCGUGGGAGAUGUUCAUUUUUUCACUUUUAUGAUAGCUUCACAGAUUGGGUUGAUGUGAAGGUGGCGGUGUCGUUUGCAAAUCUGCAAAGGGUUGAACGUAGAUAG